GAUUGACCUUAUCGACUUCCGUAUGAUGUCGUGGCGUUUGUUGACGUUCACAAACUUGCCACAGUUGCAUUGUUACCGCUAACUCUUAUUCCUAUCUCAUUCCGUUAGACUUUUUGCACACACAUUAUAUACAUUACCUUGCAGCUUCAUCUUCAGUUGUUCAAGAUGAGGCGCCCGGGUUUGGGUGAAGCAGGCUCUGGGAAUUACGUAGCGAGUGGAUACAGUGUGUAUGAAGUAGAGAAUGAGCAACUACAGGAAGGACUGAGGGCUAAAGUCAGUGCCUUGAAAAGGCUGUGUAGGGAUAUUGGAACUGAAGUGAAAUACCAGAUCAAAGUGCUGGAGGACAUGGAUUCCGACUUUGACUCCACAGGCGGCCUGCUUGGUGCCACCAUCGGCAGAGUGAAGCGGCUGUCAAGAGGAAGUCAGACCAAACUGUUGUGCUACAUGCUGCUAUUCUGCUUGUUCGUCUUCUUUGUCCUGUACUGGUUCAUCAAGCUGAGGUGAUAAGAAGAAGACGGUGAAUACAACAUCAUGCCCCGCUGUCUGUGCCAACUGAUGCAUCUCAGAAGCAGUUCAACAUAAUAAAGAUGAGAGAAGGCAAGGCAGUGUACAGGUGCCCAUUUCAUAAAUUGAGCCCAAGACAAGUGAUAUGAGGACUCACUGGUGUUAAUUGUUUCAGACCUGAAAACUCUGCAACAGGGACAUAAUUGACCAUGCAAGGUAGAAAUUGUUUACCUAUAGUACCAGAUAGUGUAUUAACAUCAGCCUGAUAAACAUGGAUUUAGAAGCGAAGACACAAAUAACUGUUUGUAACCAUCCAAGCUGAUAAAACAGUGUCCUAAACUCUGCACAUUGAAUGAUAAAUAGUUAUAAGAAGAUUAGGUGCUCAAAACAUCCCAUGUUGAGUUAAUUUAAUUUAAUUAUAAUAGUAACAUUCUGUGUGAAACAUGAUGUAAUGUCAAAUUACAUUAUAAGCAAUGGUUCACAUUGUUUGACUAUGUUGUAAAAAUGUUUUUUUUAAUGUAAAUAAACAAAUUUUAUGCUCUAUAAAGACCAA